AUGUCGGACGUGUCGGAAGAGGUCCGGAACGCCGCCAAGGCGGUCCCCGCGGCCAUGAUGGUUGUGUACGUCGCCAACUCUGUCCCCGUCUUCCCCAUCCUCAUCACCCUCUGCUACCACAUGCCGGACACCACCGUGGCCUUGGCCGACAACACCACCUACCCAGCCGUGUACGUGUUGAAGCGGAGCAUGAACAUGGUCUGGUCAUUGUCUGUGCCUUUGUGCACUAUAUUUUUAGAGGGGGGCAUUGUUAUCAGGGGCCUGUUGUGCUGGUUGAGGGGAGAAGAAUCUCAAGCAGCAGUCGCCAAGUAG